UUUUUACCCACCGUUACUAAAUUAGGAAGCCAGAGGGAGCAAAUGGAGUGUGGCUGCCAAGGUAGAAGAAGAAGGGUCUGAUCAGGCCCGGGUUUGCUGAGGGCCCAUGCCAGCCCUACCAGCUUCAUUAAGAUCCACUUGGGUUUCAGAAAUAGAAGCUCAACAGGGACCGGGGCCAAACGGAGCCCUGAACGUUCAGCCAAGAACUCACGGGACAAACAAACAAAUAAACUGCUUGACUCAUAAUCUGCCAGAGUCAACCGGCAGCCGCCGUCCCAAGGAGCCCUGAGAAGUUAUCAUAGGCUAUACUGCACACAAAGAUUAAAAGUGGUCACAUUAUAUACAUGGAGCCCGUCCACAGCAUGAAUUAACCUAGAAAGUUGCCUUCUGAGACCAAUUUCUCAAAGCAGUCACAGAGAUGUUACUUCGUGUUUAUUCGGCUGGCUUCUGGCCACUGGUGAAAGACGGGAUAUUUUCACAAGGAAAUGUACAUUUCCUCAUCGCACUAUUGGCGUUUAUGGCCCUAAACAUACAAAAUGAUAUGGAACACAGCUAUACUUUAUGUAUAUCUGCGUGUUUUGCGUCCUCCAUUACCCUCAGGACUUGGGUCUUACUACUGUGCUGUACUGUACACAUUGUAAAACGGUGAACCUCAGGCAGAGCUAAAAUGUUGUUUUAUCUUUAUCUGUAGUUUAGGAACCAUGAGAACGGUUGCUGUGCAGUUUUAUACAUAAAAACUGGGAAUUACAGAACCGCAGAGAAACAUAUUUCACAUUGAUCAUUAACUGUCUCAUGAGAGCGCCGCCUCUCAACCUGUGCACUACGGUGACUUCAGCCCAUUUAACUUGCACCCACUGAAACUAAUGAGCUAUUAGCAACUGACUUUCAAACAAGUGUAUAGAAAAUGUAUGGGCCAGUGUUCCAAAGCCAUGCACUCGUGUUGAUUGUUGACUGAAUUGUUUAUAGGUGUGUGUAUGCUUGUUUGUCUGUGUAACCUGGACCUAAUACUGUGUGUGUUCACAACAUCUCAGACGUGUGAGAAAACAAAGUAAAAGGACUGUUGCAUACUUUUACCUAGUUUAUAACAGGUAAGACACAAACAACAAAUAAAAUAAGUCCCGCCAGUUUAACACAGCCAUUACUGAGCACAGCAGUAUUAUAAUGGUCCCCAGAUCACAGCUAUAAAACCUACUGCGUGGCUGGGACCACUACUCAUCUUUUACUAUACUGACAUCACGUGGACACAUUGCAGUACUACAGUUAAUAUCUACAUUCCAAUUUAAACCGUACUUAUAGCAACAGUGUAAACACAAGAACUACUGUACUUGAUUCUGUUAAUGUAAUGGUGAGUAGUGGGUUCUUGAACGCAUCACCGCUUUGUGCCCGCGUAGCCAACGUUAGGUUCCAUAAAACUAGUUUUUUACCGUUUAAGCCGUGGACUCGCGCGCUCUGUUACCACGGCAACGAGCGCGGCGUCGCGCGGCCACAGGCGGCGGCUCGGAUGACGAACGCUACGCCGAGAACGCUACGCGGACCUACUAUAAACAUUGAAACGUCACGUCUGCGUUUGUAAACAUGGACGGAGCUCAACCAGGCACGAAAACACGAAGCAGGUCCUUCGAUUCGCCAACUGAGGGCGGGGGUGCGGACCUCGGUUCCGAUGCGUUGAGGGCCUCAGCGACCCACUGUGCUAAGAAGGAACCGGCAAUUAUUCCACCGGAAGAAAAACUCAAACACUUUGAGGAACAAGCCCGGAUGCACGAGGGCAGCGGGGAGUUUGACGCUUGCAUCCAGGACCUUGUUCACUGCGUGGCUCUGACCAGACUCGUCCACGGGAAGGAGCACCUGGAAGUGGCCCAGGCCCACGGCAGACUGGCUGAGGCCUACUUACGUCUCAAAGGCUGGGGACCGCAGGCCCAGGAGCACUCAGCCCGGGCCAGGGAGGCGCUGCCCUUCUGCCCCGUGGCCUCCUGCUCAGCGCACACGCUGCAGCUCCUCCUGCACACACACCUCACCGCGGGGGGCGCCGCGCUGCUCACUCACACUCUGGAGGAGGCUCAGUCCUCCUUUCUGGAGGCAGAGCAGAUUCUCGGGGCACUUCGUCGCCGCGGCGGCGUCAGCGAGGAGGAGGAGGUGAAAACCCAGCUGAGGAUCUCAGCCGGCCUGUGCAGAGUCUACAGGGGCCAGAACAGACCAGACAAAGCCCUGAACCAGUGUGAGAAGUCGCUGCAGCUUCUGAGGGACUGCGAAAAGCCAGAGGAGACCUGCUCUGUCUACAGGGACAUGGCCGCCAUUGAACAGGGCAAAGGUCAACUGGACCGAGCGAUGGAGCAUCUGUCCAAGGCUCAUGCCAUUGCCAUGAGUCACAUCCCAGAGCAGCUAGAGGGGGCUCGGGUCUCCCAUAGCCUGGCCCUGGUCGUCUCUGCUGCAGCAGAGCGCAGUGCUUCUGCAGCUCAGUACUUUGAGCAGAGUUUAGCCGCGUACGAGGCGUCUGUAGGUCGCCAGGAUCCGGCCUUUCUCGCCGCCCAGGAUGAUUUCUGUCAUUUCCUCCUCCUUAGCGGACAGCAAGAGAGAUGCGUGGGGAUCCAGCAGGCCUCUCUUGCUUCGAAGAGAUCUACCUUUGGUGACCUGAGCGCUGAGGUAGCAGACACUCUUCAGCUUAUAGCAAGCGUGGAGAUGAGCGAAGGGAGGAUGAGGCAGGCCUACAAGACUAUGGCGGAGUGUCUGGAGGUCCAGAGUUUGCUGUACGGCCCCCAGCACAAGAAGACACAGGCUACACAGCAGGCGGUGGAGAUGCUGGCACGGGCACCGGAGGUGGCGGAGGCUCCACAGAAGCAAAGUAGAAGAACUACGUGGCAAUGACAGGACAGGACCGUUAAAAUAAAAGCCUUUAGCAUGAA